AUGGCUACCAUUCGUCAAGGCUUGAAGACCGUCUCUGGUAACAGUCCAGCUAUUGGCCAGUUUCAGCUAAACAAGAGCCAGGAAAGUAUUCGUAGUCCGAGUAAACUCCUUCUAAAGAAGACUUUUCUGCCAAGCCCAAUGAUCAGAGAGGAAAAUAAGGAAAACUGUUCUCAAACACCUGAUGUUAAGGAACAUUUGCAGUUGUCCUCAUGUGAAGUUCAGACAGAAGUGUCCACUAUGGAACCUGCUAAGGAAAUAACUGAAGAAGACCUUGAGUCAGAAGUGGAGACAGUUAACUAUUGGAAGAAUCUUCAUGAGGAGAGCUUGCGCGAGAUGGAACACGAGGCGAAUCGAACUUUAGAGCUUCUGACAUCACUGGACGAGUCAAUCUGUGAACUGAGAGACACGGAAGACAAAUUAGAGGUCUUAAAGGAAGUCUUGGCUGAUGCCGACUUAAACGAUGUAAAUACUAGUGAAACUUUAUAA